UUCAUCGUUGUCAUCCUCGCCGCCGGCAUGGUGGCCUUCAUCGGAGCGGUUAUCUGCAUCAUCGCCGCCGUCCACACCGGGUCGUCCAGGGUUGCCGCGGAGGCGCAGCGACCGGCGGCGGCGGCGGCCGGUAACCAGUCUCUGUAUCCGGACGCCGCGCAGACUCCGGCGGAGUCCGGACCGCUCGGCGCUCUCCACGGUUCUGAAACACCCGGUUCCGAGGCACCGACCUUCAACGUCGGGCUCGGCGGUGGGUCGGUGGACGGGGUCGUCACCGGACUUACCGGACACGACCCCGCCGUUAGCCGGCUCAUCUGCACGCCGAUCCCCGCGGCUGAAUGCAACACCCGGGGCGACCUCCCGCCGCAAGCGGACCAGGCGUCGCUGUACACGCGCGACGACUGGGGCCACCUCCGCGUCGCCGCGGAGGAGCUCCGGCAAACCGUCCUGCAGCAGAAAGACCAGAUUUCCACCGACCAGAGGACCAUCAGGGAGCUGACCAACAAAUUGUCCGAGUGCGAGAGAGGGCUGGACGGCCGCAGCAGCUCGGAGAGACGGCGGGGCGCCUCCUCCGCGGGGCUGCGGGGGGGCAAAGCCGCCGCCGAGGAGGCGCCCCGCGACCGCGUCAUGGUGCGGGACAGUCCGGAGGGUGUCCACCUGCUCACCGUCCGGGUCGUGGACGAGCUGGAACAGGCUAUAGCCCAACUCAAAGACCGCAUCGAGAAACUAGAGUCAGACAUUGGCCCAUUCCCUCAGAACCAGACGGAUGCCAACGCUUCCAGAAUGCUAGGGGAAGGCGGGUCGUUGGACGGCCCAGAAAGGCUGGAUGAGCCGGGGCACGGAGCUGACACAGGAGAGCCCUGGAGGAUGGAGGACUUGGAGGAAGAGCUGGGAAGGAAAGUGGAGCUGCUGGAAAAGGAGAGAAAAGCCCUCAGGCUGGAAACACAGAGACACAAGCAAGAGAUCGACCACGGCAUCAAUAAACUACACCACCGCAUCACAGGGCUGGAGGAAGGUGUCUCUGGACACUUCUACCCCGAGGGCUACAGACUGUCCUUCCCGUCGCGUACUAACUACAUGUAUGCCGUUGUGAUGCAUCCCAUCCCAGAACUGCAGGCCUUCACCGCCUGUCUGUGGCUGCGGCCCGCUGAGAGGGGCAUAGGGACCCCCCUGUCCUAUGCAGUCCCAGACCAACCCAAUGAACUAGUGCUGCUACAGGGCCUGCACACCCCCACCGAGCUGCUGGUGAACGACAAGGUCGCCCAGUUACCUCUAAACCUGUCCAGAGGCAGCUGGCAGCACCUCUGUGUUACCUGGAGUCAGAAGGGGGGAGUCUGGCAGGCCUACCAGGGGGGCAAGCUCAGGGGAGAAGGCCACGGGCUGGCACCCGGACACCUCCUCAGACCAGGAGGAGUGCUCAUACUGGGACAGGAGCAGGACUCUCUAGGUGGGGGUUUUGACUCGUCCCAGGCUCUGGUCGGGGAGCUGUCCCAGGUGGGGCUCUGGGACCGGGUCCUGACCCCGGCCCAGGUGGCCAGUUUAGCACGCUGCGGCAAAGUCACCCCGGGCGCCGUCGCCCCCUGGAUGCAGAAGGGCGUGGGUGUGUACGGCGGUGCUACGAAGGAGCCCGGCGAGCCCUGUAGUAAACACUCCGUCAGUUCUCAGUGA